AUGUACUCUGCAGGCGUAGAGAUCCUCGGGAUGAUCCUGGCCGUGGCCGGGUGGCUGGGGGUGAUGGUGGCGUGCGGCCUGCCCAUGUGGCGGGUGGCUGCCUACAUCGGUCAGAACAUUGUCAUCUCGCAGGUGAUCUGGGAGGGUCUGUGGAUGAACUGCUCAGUGCAGAGCACGGGCCAGAUGCACUGCAAGGUGCACGACUCCAUGCUGGGGCUGCCAGUAGACCUGCAGGCGGCUCGAGCCUUGGUCAUCGUCUCCAUGGUGCUGUGCAUUGUGGGCAUCUGCCUGUCAGUGGCCGGCGCCAAAUGCACCAACUGUAGCAGGGACGUGAAUAGUAAACCAAAGCUGGUGGUGGCAGCUGGAGUGACAUUUGUGGUGGCUGGACUGCUGCUGCUGGUGGCUGUGUCCUGGACGGCACAUGCCAUCGUGCUGGGCUUCUAUGACCCGCUGCUGGAGGAGACGGCCAAGAGGGAGUUUGGUAACGCUCUGUACUUUGGCUGGGCUGCGUCCUGCCUGCUCAUUCUUGGGGGGGUCCUUCUCUGUUGCUCCUGCCCACACAGGAGAUCGACCACAGCGCCGAGUGGCGGCAGCUCCGUGCCUCCCCGCGUGGACUACACUGCAGUCAAAACCAUGUCAGCCAACGGAUACACCAGGCGAGACUACGUGUAAGCAUGCAGAUGAAAACGAUGCAAGCGUUCAUGUAGCGUUUGAGCAUUACGAGUAAGCAAACAAGAAGCACGUUUUAUGAUUUUCUGCAUUGUAUGAUUUAUUUUUAAUCUUUCAUUUCAAACAUUAAAAAAAAGAAAAUGUAUUUGAUGCAUGAAGCUUACAUUUUAUGGGCAUAUAAAUAAAAUAUCCAAAGACUUUAUUUCUUUUCAAGUUC